AUGGGUCAAUUUCCCAUUUCCCAUGGAUUUUCAUAUAUUAUUGUCGCCGUUGAUUAUGUUUCGAAAUGGGUGGAAGCAAAAGCCACCUGGACUAACGAUUCUAAAGUGGUUGCAGAUUUUAUUAAGUCCACCAUAUUCAUCUGGUUUGGAAUGCCUAGGGCUAUGGUGAGUGAUAGGGGAACCCAUUUUUGCAGCAAGACCAUCGACGCUCUCUUCAUGAAGUAUGGCGUGUUGCACAAAGUUUCGACCUCAUACCAUCCUCAGACAAAUGGUCAAGCGGAGGAUAGGAAAGACUGGAGUCUCCGCCUCCUGGAUGCAUUAUGGGCUUACCGCACUGCUUACAAGACGCCUAUCGGAAUGUCGCAUAUAGAUAAGUUUCAUCCUCGGGCAAUAAAAUGUUAUUUUCUAGGAUAUGCUGAAGGAAAGAAGGGAUAUAAGUUAUGUGAGGAGACUUUUCCUUUCAAGUCUGAACGGACAAAUGCUCCUAGACAGACACAUAGUCCUAAUUUUGGACCCUACAAUGCUACCUAUGAUGAUUUCUUACCUAUUUUUGAAGAUAAUCGUGAGGAGAUGCAGUUAGACAUGAUCCAAUCACUUGGUUUGGAUUCACAACUAACUACCACCGGUGACAUAAACACGGAUUCCUACACUAAUCUCAUCUCACCUAUAUACCUGCGUGACUAUGAAGUCUCCUUAGGUCAAGUGUCUGUUAAGUACCCUAUUGAAAAGGUGUAUCACAUCCCUAAAGUUGUGUCCUCAAGUACAGUUUGUCUCUUAGCUAAUCUUGAAAAACAUCUUGAACCACAAACUGUCCAAGAAGCCAUGGUUGAUCCUAAUUGGAAGACUACCAUGGACUUGGAAAUGAAAGCUCUCAUAGAUUAUCAGACUUGGGUUCUUGCUGAUCUUCCCUCUGAUAGAAAAUCUAUAGGAUGUAAAUAG